UUUAUACUGGUUGGCUUGAGGUCAUCCAGCCAGAUGACUCAGCUCUUGUCGCCCAACUCCCUCAGGGUCGAUGCUUCGGAGAUAUUGUCUUUCGUCUCUGCUUCCGCUAAGUUAGGUCCAGUAGAAGCAAGCAUACUUGAAUAUGUUAUUGGCUUUCAUGGAAAGGAAGCGCAAAGGCGCUCUGCCUUUAUUAGCCUUUUAAUACAUGCUGGUCUCCUAGCUCGAGGGGCCCGGCCAUACUCCGAUUCAGCCAGUACCUCUGCUCUCCUUCCUCCGUCAUGGGCCUCAUCUGAUCCUAUUCGCGUGUCAUAUUCUUUAACAUCUCGUCCUAAAUACGGAACAUUGGCUUCAUCGUCCAGCCAGCUUCAGAUGUCCGUGGCCGAGACCGAUUCUCAAAUUUUUAUUAACUUGACAGACACAACAACUGAUAAAUUCGGACAUUUAGAACUCUCAGGGCCAGAACAAGUCAGGCUCGAUUCACUUUCAGAUAGCAACUUACUAAACCUCAGCUCAAUAUUUCCUCAUCUGUCCGAAUUAGUGGAGAAAAUUGAAGAAACCCUUUGGAAGCCUGUUCUCCCCUGCCCACCAGUUCAAAGAACAGUUGAAGACAAGAAAUUGGUCCCUAUCAAAAUUCCAGAUGGGCCCGUCUCAAGACAUGUAAAUAUUUUGUCCUUAUCACCUUAUGCUUUUAUUAUCUCAUCAAUAUCAAUGUCGUCGCGGGUUUAUUUAUUCAUGUCCAUCAUUUAG